AAACACUUCAUCGGAACCCAUAUCAAAGCUCUCUCUCUCUCUCUCUCUCUCUCCAUCUUCAUUCGAGCUUAAAAGUUAUACGGAUACAUCGUAUUAAAAGAGUCUGUGGCAUUACUACUGUCCCGUCCAAGCUCCAAUUAAUGUUCAAGCAAUCAUGACUCCCCGUUCCCGCCCUAUUAAAAAGUUUGCGGUUGCAGUAUCGCACUGUUCCGGAGAGGCAUCCCUCUAUGGCAAAUGCAUCGUCACCGACUACGAUGGCGUACAUAAGGAUAAAUGCUUGCGUGAGUUCAUCAAGUUGAAGGACUGCUAUCUGGCGGCCUCCCGGAAGGCCUGAACGAAUCUGUUCACAUGGGCUUCGAUAACACCUACGAAGUAAUUACCAACCUACCUACCUCCUCCUGUAUUUGGCAUCAGACACGGCGAAUGUGAAGAAUUCCACCGACUUUAUUUAUUACUAUUGUGGAUAGCAGCGUAUUCGUAACUGGG